AUGUCUAAAAGCAAACUUCACCAUCAAGUUGACAGUGGCAUUGUCGCAGUGAAAAGCAAAGUAAUUGACUUUUUAAUUCAUCCUUUACAUUAAACAAGAAAAAGCUUCAUAUAACAAUAUUUAAAUAUUCUUUCUUUUUUCACUUGAAUAUUUUAGUUUGAUGCAGAUAUCCUAAGGUUCUCAGUCAACCGUAAUGAAGCAAUUAAUUAUGAAGAUUUUAGAAAGUUAUUGGCUGAGCGACAUGAUAUUGGACUUGAUUUAAAUUUUCUCAUAUGGUACACAGAUCCUACAGAUGGUGAUUUAUUACCCAUUAACAAUGACAACAAUUUGGCGAGGGCUUUACUAGCUGCAAAACCUUUGCUUAGAAUUUUUAUUCAAAGAAAAGGAGAUGGAAUAGAAGAGAUAAAUGGAUAUGGAACAAUGAAACCAAAAAAUUUGAUAUCAAGUAUUCUUGGUGGCACCCCUGGAAAACCAAAAUCAUUGGCUAUAUCUAAUCCACAUGAUUUUAGGCAG